AUGCUCGCUCGAGGCCUACGCUCAUCUCUUUACCUGUCAAUGAAACAUUACCCACCUCAUAGAAGUUUAAAUGCUACACGGCCUGCGAAAUAUUUUUCAUCAGUGCACACCAUAUCCAAUCCUACACCUCGGUUCCAUCGUUUCUCCGGCCUUCAGGUCGCCUUAUCAGUACUCAUUAGCGCCUCACUAGGGUUUGGAACAGCUGUUUAUCUUACAGACUCCCCUUAUUUGAAGUCGGAGACCCCACAGUUUGGAUCCUCGGACGAUAUUCAGAAUGCAAUUUCAGAUUUGAAAAAAAUAUUUGGAGCAGGAAGUAAAGUAUCCACUGACCCUGAUGACCUUCAUGACCAUGGAUUCUCAGCAAAUGAUCAUCACCCGGGCAUGAGGCACAGUGUCGUUGUAUAUCCUGAAUCUACUGAGGAUGUCGUGAAGAUUGUCAACAUAGCGACAAAGUACCGGGUACCAAUUACUGCAUAUUCUGGGGCCACAAGUCUGGAAGGCCAUUAUCGUGGACACAGCACUGGGGGGAUAUGUGUUGAUAUGGGGAACAUGGAUCAUAUUAUCGAAAUCAACGAGAAAGACGGUGACCUUGUCUGUCAACCGGGAGUGAGGUGGAUGGAUAUAAAUGAGACUCUUCGCGAAAAGGGAAUCCCUCUCUUUUUCCCAAUCGAUCCUGCCCCAGGGGCAACCAUAGGCGGCAUGUUGAGCACGGGUUGUUCAGGAACGAACGCAGUUAGAUAUGGAACCGCCAAAGGAGAAUGGUUCCUCAACGUUACGGUGGUACUGCCAUCUGGAGAAGUGAUUAAAACACGACAACGUUCUCGAAAGUCUUCAGCAGGGUUUGAUACCACCAAACUGUUUAUCGGCGCUGAGGGGACUCUCGGCAUAAUCACUGAAGUGACUAUUCGACUGGCGCCAGUCUUGCCAACGACCGUUGCUGUUGUUCAUUUCCCGAAUGUACAGAAAGCCACUGAAGCCGUCAUGGAUGUGAUGCAGGCUGGCGUUGGUAUACAAUGCGUCGAGUUGGUGGAUGAUGUCUUUAUGUCCGCUAUCAACAAAUUCGGAAUGUCCAAAAAGGUUUACCCCGAAAAAGACAGCCUGUUUUUCAAGUUCCAGGGCCCAGCUACCAUCGGCUCUGCUUCUCCAUCAGCGUCCGCCUCCCUGCGUGAAACCGCGGAGAUCGUGAAGAAAAUAACUGAGAAACACGGUGGGACGGGAUUCCGCCUUGCGCGCGAUGCUAAUGAAGCAGACGAACUUUGGGCUGACAGGAAGAAUGCGCACUAUGCUGGACUUGCACUGGUAGACGGCAGCAAAGGCUGGCCGACUGACGUUUGCGUCCCUGUGUCGAAGCUCCCACAACUGGUGUAUGAAACCAAACAAGACAUCAAGAACGCAGGCCUUGUGUCUACGAUUGUCGGGCACGUUGGGGACGGCAAUUUCCAUGCAUUGAUUCUGUUCAAAACGGAUGAAGAGAUGGAGCGCGCAAAAGAGCUGGUGCACCGGAUGGUCAAGCGCGCGAUUGCGCUGGAUGGGACUUGUACCGGAGAGCAUGGGGUAGGUAUUGGAAAGAAAGAAUAUCUCAUAGGAGAGCUCGGCGAAGGGACAGUUCAGCUUAUGAAAACAAUCAAGAAGACAAUAGACCCCCUUGGGAUUUUCAAUCCAGGAAAGCUAUAUCCCGACGAUGUUACAAGUUCCACACAGAAAACGUCCAAAGAGUAG